UUAAGAGAACAUCCGGUAAAGACCAGCGAUCCAAUGCGGAAGUUUUUAUACAAUUACUGCAUUUACUAGUUUUGGUGUUGAUCAGCUUGAAGGGUUUGACAUCUUUCUAAAGCCGUAGCUUCCAUUGAUCGUCACUGGCCUCACUACUAGCGUACAGAGUAAAGAGAUGAUAACUGUGCUUACCUGAAGAAUCGUUGAGUUUACUCAACAUGGCUGCUUGUAUUGCAGCUGAUUCUGCUGUUUUUGUUGAUUUUGUUUCGCGGAAUUAUGUCGAGUGAAGAUCGCAGACUAACUUCAAGUUGUCAACUUCAGAAUGAGUAUACUGUCUCCUAUAGCUGUUAGUGGUAGUGAGCAGAGUAUCUAUAACUUUGAAUCAGAGGAUAAUUCUGCAAAAUGGAAGAGCCUUUUGGUGGCAGCACUACAGAAGGUGCAGCAUCAAGUGCACCCUUCUCUAAGCUGCCGAGAGGAUGCUUUGGAAUAUAUCGAAACAUUGAUUUUCCAACUCCUUGGCAUGCUCUGUUCCUGCCAGCCGCAUAACGUACAAGAAGUGGAGGAUCGUGUGCAGAAGACGUUCCCUCAUCCAAUUGAUAAAUGGGCCGUCAGCGAUGCACAAAAUGCGCUGGAAAAGGGGAAGAAGAAGUCCCCGUUGGUUUUACCUGUCGAUAAAAUUCACCCGUUGCUUAUCAGGGAGGUGUUGGGAUACAAGGUGGAUUUCCAAGUGUCUUUGUAUGUUGUGGCAGUCCUGGAGUACAUUGCUGCUGACAUACUGAAGCUGGCGGGCAAUUAUGUUAAAAAUAUCAAGCAUCAGGAGAUCACAUGCCAGGACAUUAAGGUGGCCAUGUGUGCAGACAAGGUGCUGAUGGACAUGUUCUUUCAAGAUGAUGAGGUGUCUCUAACAGUAGAAGAGGAGCCAGUAAGACGGGAUUCCCUCACAUAUGAAGAAAUUGUCAAAGAUUUGGUGCUAGAAGAAACCCAAUACUUAAGGGAGUUGGACAUGAUAAUCAAAGUGUUUAGAGCACCCUUUGCAAACCUGUUUCCCAAGAGCAAGGAUCUUGAGGUGAUAUUCAGCAAUGUUCUAGAUAUUCGCAACUUGACAUCCAAGUUGUUGAGCUCCCUGGAGGACACAGUGGAGAUGACAGAUGAAAACACACCUCCGCUUAUAGGUGGAUGUUUUGAAGAAAUUGCUGAAGGUGCUGAAUUUGAAGUGUAUGGAAAGUACACAGAAGACAUGAUGAAGCCCCAUGCUAGGGACAGAUUGAAUACUUUGUUACAAAGAAAAGAUGUUAGCCUUACAUUUCAGACUGCUGGCCAGGGAUUUGUUGAGGCUGUGAAAUAUGUGCUGCCCAAGCUGCUGCUGGGUCCUAUUUAUCAUUUUCUACAUUAUUUUGAGUCUAUAAAGGCACUGAAGGAUGCUAGUAUAGAUGAAGAGGACAAACAGAGUCUAGAGGAAGCAGAAAGUAUGCUGUUACCUCUAAAAACCGAAGUUGAGAAAAAAUCUGCAGGACUGUUGGCAAAGAGAAAACCAGGGGAGUCAACUUUUCGCCUUCAUGGCCAAUUAGGCAGACAAGCAACCCUUCACAAAAUCAAUGAGUUACAGAAACAGAUAGAUGGUUGGGAGGGAAAGGCCAUAAGACAGAGCUGUAAUGAGUUUGUCAUGGAGGGGGUGCUACUCAAGCAAACAGGCAGGAACCUACGAGAGCGCCAGGCGUUCCUCUUUGAUGGUCUCAUUAUCUUGUGUAAACAAAACCUCCGUAGAUCUUCAGUCACCAUAGGUCCUGCAGUGGAGUUUAGGCUGAAAGAGAAGUUCUAUAUGAGGAAGGUGGAUGUGAUCGACCAUGAGGAUGCUGAAGAUUUGAAGAACGCAUUUGAGCUCCAGGUGCGUGAUCAUCCCAGUGUCACACUAGUUGCCAAAACUUAUGAAGAGAAAUGUAACUGGAUGGCAGCUCUAAUAGCACUGCAUACCAGAAGUAUGUUAGACAGAAAGUUGGACAGUAUUUUAGUUGAAGAAGAAAAGAAUGCUCCUCUCAGACUGCCAUCAAAGGAAGAAUACAGGUUUGGAGAUGAAGAUACUCCUGAAAAUAUUGUCUUUGAACAGAACUUAAAGUAUGAAGGAGAAAGUCCACUCAUAAAAGGAGGAACUCUUUUAAAAUUAGUAGAAAGACUGACCUACCAUAUGUACAGAUAUGCUGAUCCAAAGUUUGUUCGGACUUUUUUGACCACUUUCCGGUCAUUUUGUACUCCACAAGAACUUUUGGACUUGUUAAUAGAAAGAUUUAAUAUACCUGAGCCAUUACCUGUGGAUCCUGUGAAAGAACUGGACGACUUGGCAUACAGGGAAGAAAUCAAACGAUUUCGGAAAGAGUUUGUUAAACCAAUUCAGUUUAGAGUACUUAAUGUACUAAGGCACUGGGUCAACAACCAUUUCUAUGACUUUGAGAGGGAUUCAGAUUUACAGGACAAGUUGAAGGAGUUCCUGGAUACAGUGAAAGGCAAAGCCAUGAGGAAGUGGGUAGAGUCCAUUACUAAGAUCAUACAGAGAAGGCAGGAAAUCCCUGGUGGAGAGAAGCCGGAAGUGGUCCUAAGUGUGACCCCACCUCAGAUUGAGUGGUAUGCAGCCCGCACACCUGAUGAGUACAAUCUCAUGACACUUCAUCCAAUAGAGAUCGCUAGGCAGGUGACAUUGUUGGAAUUUGAUCUGUACCGAGCAGUGAAACCUUCAGAGCUUGUAGGCAGUGUGUGGAUAAAAAAAGAAAAGAACCAGACAUCUCCAAAUCUGCUUAAAAUGAUUCAUCACUCCACCAUGUUCACAUUCUGGCUGGAGCGAUGUAUAAUUGAGGCUGAUAACUUUGAGGAGAGAAUUGCUGUGAUGUCCAGAACCUUGGAAAUCCUGCUGGUCUUUCAAGAGUUAAAUAACUUCAACGGGAUGUUGGAAGUUGUCAGCGCUCUCCACUCAGCGCCUGUGUACAGACUAGAGCACACGUUUAUUGAGUUGCCUCAUAAACUCUUAAAAGCAUUUGAUGAAGCCAAAGAGCUCAACUCUGACCACUUUAAAAAAUACAUCGAAAAGUUAAGAUCCAUAAAUCCACCAUGUGUUCCAUUUCUGGGAAUGUACCUGACAAAUAUUUUAUACACAGAAGAAGGGAAUCCAGAUUUCUUAGUUAACCGUGGCCCAGGCUUGAUAAACUUCAGUAAAAGAAGGAAAGUGGCCGAGAUAUGUGGAGAAAUCCAGCAGUACCAAAACCAGCCAUAUUGUUUGAUACCAGAACCCAGCAUUAGGCAAUUCUUUGAGAACCUGAAUCCUUUAGAGGACAUGACUGAGAAGGAGUUCAAUGACUAUCUGUACAACAAGUCUCUGGAACUAGAACCCAGACAUGCCAAAGGACCGACAAAACAUCCAAGGAAAAAUGGGUACCCUUUAAAAUCUCCCGGUAUCAAGCCUUCCUCUGGUCGUGAUUCAGUCCUGAAACCCUCCUCCAUUCGUGACCGUCAUGGCACACUGCCCAAAAGUCUUCACGAAGGGAGAGCAUUUAGUUUUGCGAGGCUCCAAGAGGAGGAUAUUGACCUCCCUGGCAGUCAGUGUGGUACCCCAUCUACCCCCAGCACCCCCCUCACACCCCCUGCAGUGAGUCAGGGUAAUGUCAGUGACAGUGAUUCCAGUGUGUUUGCUCAAGUUCUCAUAGGCCCAGGAGAAGGCAUCCAAGGAAACAAUGAGCCACCUGAGGUCCCUCCAAUUCCUCCUCCUCUUCCUCCUAGACGGAGAGAUCACUCCUCCUCCUCGGAGCCCCCAAGCAGUGUUCCUCCAGUCCCUCCUCGCCCUGACCAACCCCCGCCACCACUUCCACCACGAAGAACCACAGAUCCCAAUAUGAGGACUCAUAGUGCUUAUGCUCUGCAGCAUUUUUAUCAUGGAGACAUUAUUUCACAUGCAGGUUCCACCUCGUCAUUAUUCACGAGGCGGAACUCUGACAGAGAGACUUCUUCAUCCUCAUCAUCGUCUGCUUUUGUAAACGGGGAUUCAGAGCCCAACUCUGUACCAGCUUUACCGCCAAAAACUUAUAAAACCCUGCAGAGAAAUCAGAGCAGCUAGUACUACAAGGAGUAAUGAUUUGCCAAAUAGUAAUAUGAGAGGUGGGUGAUCACUCAUUAUAUGGAGUCGAUAGUCAAUUGAUAAUCAUAAUCAGAGCUCUAAGUCCGCCAGUGCCAUGGGAUGAUACAAUGGCUCAUUGCUUUCAGCUCUCUAGUAGGUUCCAAUGAGAGCAGAAGAAAUGGAAUUUUAAGAAAUUAAAAGUUUUUUAUAAUUAUUUGGAAACCUGAAGAAUCCAUCACAGAGUUCAAUGACAGCAGGAGUUAAGCACAGAAAUUCUAGGAGACUGGAUGAAUUCCUGGAAUGCAGAAUGGAUGUAGAGUACUUGCAAGAAGUGAAGAUAACUUCUAGGAAAGCAGGCAAACUCCCAAGAAAGUAGAAGUAAACAAAACUGAACUUCAAGGAAAGUAGCAGCAUCCACAAUGAGAGCAGAAGUUUAUUUCCUGUGAAAUUCUCCACAAGCAGAGGUUUUUGUAUUUCAGCUCUUGGAAAAAUGUUUUGCAAGGAGUUUCUGAAAUGGAAUUCUUCGCGUUUCAAGAAUGAACUGAAUGUUGUUUUUCACUUUCGUCAGACUAUAGUCACAUUCCCGAUACCAGGAUUGUUGUUGUUCUGGCGUGCUACUUCAGCCUACUUAAUUGUUCUUCAUAAGCCUUGAAAAGGCAGCUGUGUCUAAUUGUCAUGUCUGUGUCUUUCAUAUGGAAACAAUAUUAGCGCAAAGAUAACAUGGGAAGAAUACAAGCGCAAAGAUUACAUGUAAACGUAUAUGGGCAAGUUGAAAAUAUACAUGUGCAAAUUAAGGCAGACAAAACAGGUACUUUUCACUGUUGGCGACUGUGAAGAAAUAGUGGUAUAUUUUUAUAAUUUUUUCAACAUCAUUGAAUGAUAUUGGGAUGCUGUUUUUUCUUUGUGCAAUCAGAUAUGAUGGAAUUUUUCUCUGCCACACAUGGUGCACAUUGAUGGGGUUAACCACACCUUCUGUUAUGGUGUGGGUGCAAAUCUUUCAGAGAAGUGGAGAGUAAGGGCUUGUUUUGAAUGGUGCAAAAUUAUUGUGACCCCCCCCCCCUCCCAUUUCCUCGUGUCACCCCAAUGCCAGUCCCAAACUGAUGUUGCAAACUGCCAUUUUUUUGUACCCUGAGUAGAGAACCCUCACAUCUACUACUCCCCUCUACUCCACCAUUGCAUCUUACCAGGUGUGCUUCAUUAUACAAAUAUCAUUCAAAUUUGAAAUUUGAAUUUUUUCUGUGGAAUACCUUCUUUAAAUUUUGCAACCAUUUCUAAGGCUAUUUUCAAUAACAUUUUUAUGGAUCUUUUUAGUUUGAAGACUGAGAUAUAAGUGAAGGUAAAUUAUCAGUAAGAACUGAUCUUUUUGUGCAUUUAUUAUAUACAAAUGUUAUUUAUGAAAAACAGAAACUGUAAUGUGCGCACGUGUGCAAACACAUGCACACAAACACCUUUUAUAUUGGUGAGUCAAUCAGGUGGCCUUACGAUAUUUGUCCUAAAUAUUCCCAAAGGAAGUUCCACAACCAAGUUACUGAGACAAAGAUGUCCAGCAGGUCACUAUUAAAGCAAUCAGUCAUAAAACU